CCGCGCGGCGAGGAGGUCGCGAGCGCCCCCGCCCCGCGCCCCACUGCGCUCCCCGCGAAUGUUGAUGGUGAUUGGUGACCACUGGAUAGGCAGUUACAAUAACAACUAACUUUUGACCUUACUGGUGUGUUGCUGCGUCUCCUCAGCUGUUAUAUUUGCGGUUUGUGGCGCCGCCCGUCGACGUCAUCUGUGUUUCAAUCAACAAAGUGGAAUCCUGUGGAGGGGUGGGUCCUUCUUUAUUGUUAAAGAACUGUGAAGCCAACGAGCCAGUCUUCAGGGUCUGAAAUCUGUGAAACUAUCGAGCUGAGUUCAUCUUCAGCGUCUCGAGUUUUCAAGUUUGGAGCCACGUCAGCGGAGGAAUAAUAGCUAAAUUUUAAAAGUGAUGGCGCGGCAGCGGCGGCGAUGACACCAUGAACCCUAACGAAGAAGAGGACCGCGUGGCGUGCGCGCUCGCCAACAACCAGACCGCGCCGCCGCCAGGCGUAUACUGCGAGGGCACGUUCGACCAGUGGCGGUGUUGGCCGCCCACGCCCGCCAACAGCACCGCCUACGCCGCCUGCCCCGACUUCGUGCCCGGCUUCCGACCUGAGCUAUGGGCGCACAAGGAGUGUACGGCGACCGGCACGUGGUGGACGCACCCGGAGACCGGCCGGCCCUGGUCCAACUACACCACCUGCGUCAAGCCCGAGGAUGACGUGAGCGAGAUCAUCGCGGUGUACGAGGCGGGCUACAGCGUGUCGCUGGUGGCGCUGCUGCUGUCGCUCGGCAUCCUCUUCUACUUCAAGAGCCUGCGCUGCGCGCGCAUCACCGUGCACAUGAACCUGUUCGCGUCGUUCGCGGCCAACAACGCGCUGUGGCUGGCGUGGUACGGGCUGGUGGUGCGCGCGCCCGACACGCUGGAGGCGUCGCCGGGCUGGUGCCGCGCGCUCAACGCCACGCUGCAGUACGCGCUGCUCACCAACUACACGUGGAUGCUGUGCGAGGGCGUGUACCUGCACACGGUGCUGGUGAGCGCGUUCGUGUCGGAGCGGCGGCUGCUGCGGGCGCUGCUGGCGGCCGGCUGGCUGCUGCCCGUGCCGCCGGCCGCGCUCAACGCCGCGCGCCGCGCCGCCGCCGACGACCCGCUGUGCUGGAUGGACGAGGGCGCGCCGCGGCCCGAGCUGGCCGUGCUCGUGUGCGUCGCCGUGCUGCUCAACCUCGGCUUCCUGUGCAACAUCGUGCGCGUGCUGUGCACCAAGCUGCGGGCCGGCGGCGGCCCGGCGGGCGCGCAGCGGCCCUCGGCCACGGCGCUGCACGCGCUGCGCGCCACCUGCCUGCUGGCGCCGCUGCUCGGCCUGCAGUACCUGCUCACGCCGUUCCGGCCGCCGCGCACGGCGUCCUGGUGGCUCGCAUACGAGUACGUGUCGGCGCUGAGCACGUCGCUGCAGGGGCUGUGCGUCGCCGUGCUGUAUUGCUUCUGCAACGGCGAGGUGCUCGCGCAGCUGCGGCGGCGCUGGCGCGUGCUGACGUUCCGGCCGCGAGCCAACUCCACCACCAACACGACGGUGUCGUUCGUGCGGUCGGCGGCGCCGGGCGCGGCCGAGGACAAGGUGUGACUGGCGGCGGGCGGCGCGGCCGGCGCAGGGGCCGAGCCCCCGGCGCGGCCGCACGCGCGCGUCAU